UCCCCGUUCCCUCCCUCCUUCCUUCCCUCCUCCCCCUCCGGCUCAGGUUGCAGCUUCUCUCGGGAGCUGCUCACCUUUCCUGAGCAGGGGAAGCAGCCGCCGUGCCAGGGCGGGGAGAGCGGCAGGGCGCAGGGCACUGAGUUCCCCGGACCUCCUCCCGUCUUCCACCCACCCCAGGCAGGGAGCCGGAGCCGGAGCCGGAGCCGGGGCGUGGAGCGGAUCCAUCUGCCAGGGGCCCCAGCUGACCAUGAACAAGAUGAAGAAUUUCAAGCGCCGCUUCUCCCUCUCUGUGCCCCGAACAGAGACCAUUGAGGAAUCUCUGGCUGAAUUCACUGAGCAGUUCAACCAGCUCAACAGCCGACGAAAUGAAGACCUGGGCCAAGGGCAUCUGCAGCUUGGCCCCCUAGGAGGAGGAGACUUGCAGGCAGAGCCUAGCGCCAUCUCCCCUACAGAUGAAGAUGGGGAUAGCCGCAGCCAAUCUUCACCAAAGAUACGCUACCGAAAACACAACCAGCGACGUUUCUCCAUGGAGGAUGUCAGCAAACGGCUCUCCCUGCCCAUGGACAUCCGCCUGCCACCCGAAUUCUUACGGAAGCUUCAGCUGGAGAGCCCGGAGCUGCCCAAGCCUCUCAGCAGAAUGUCCCGCCGGGCAUCCCUAUCAGAUAUCGGCUUUGGGAAACUGGAAACUUACGUGAAACUGGACAAGUUAGGUGAGGGCACCUAUGCCACCGUCUUCAAAGGGCGAAGCAAACUCACUGAAAACCUGGUGGCGCUGAAGGAGAUCCGCCUGGAGCAUGAGGAGGGUGCUCCUUGCACCGCCAUCCGGGAGGUGUCACUGCUGAAAAACCUGAAACAUGCCAACAUUGUAACCUUGCAUGACCUGAUCCACACAGAACGAUCCCUCACCCUUGUCUUUGAGUACCUGGACAGCGACUUGAAGCACUACUUGGACCACUGCGGGAACCUCAUGAGCAUGCACAAUGUCAAGGUCUUCAUGUUCCAGCUGCUCCGGGGUCUCUCCUAUUGCCACAGACGGAAGAUCCUCCACAGGGACCUGAAGCCCCAGAAUUUGCUCAUCAACGAGAAGGGAGAGCUAAAACUGGCAGACUUCGGCCUGGCCCGGGCCAAGUCAGUGCCCACCAAGACGUACUCCAAUGAAGUAGUGACCCUUUGGUACCGGCCCCCUGAUGUCCUGCUGGGCUCCACGGAGUACUCUACUCCCAUCGAUAUGUGGGGUGUGGGCUGCAUCCACUACGAGAUGGCCACUGGAAGGCCCAUCUUCCCUGGCUCCACUGUAAAGGAAGAAUUGCACCUUAUCUUCCGCCUGCUCGGAACCCCCACGGAAGAAACCUGGCCAGGAGUGACAUCGCUCCCUGAGUUCCGAGGCUACAACUUUCCCCGGUACAAACCCCAGCCACUCAUCAACCACGCUCCCAGGUUGGACACAGAUGGCAUUGACCUUCUUACCAGUCUCCUCCUGUAUGAAGCCAAGAGCCGGAUAUCAGCAGAGGAAGCCCUGAGACACCCUUACUUUGGUUCCCUGGGGGAGCGUGUGCAUCAACUCCCUGACACUGCCUCCAUCUUCUCUCUGAAGGAAAUUCAGCUCCAGAAGGAUCCGGGUUACCGGGGCCUAUCCUUCCAGCAUUCAGGCCGUGGGAAGAACCGAAGGCAGAGCAUCUUCUGAGUUAGUUGUCCCCAUCCCCACACCACAGGCCAUGAAAGUGAUGAGACACACCCAGCACAACUGUCCAAGGCUGGGGUUGGGGACCUAGAGAGGAUUGGGGGCCCCAGCGGGAUGGGAGGGAAGUCCAUUAGCCCUGUUGGCUGCUGGUGUGUCCCCCUCCCCUUCUUUCAAAAAACCUCUCUUGGGGGCUCUGAGCCCUGGCUCCACCCCCAGCUCCUGGGGCUUGAGCACAGUGGUUUGUAAGGCUGUCUUAAAGGUGGGUAACCCAAGCUCCAGCCUGACAGGCCAAGCUAGGAAAAGAGACAAGAGAGGAUGUGCCAGGAUCCUUCCAUCUGUGCUCAGGCUGGGGGAGGAUGGAACAUCUCAACUGAAGCACUGGCUGGCCCCUAUUUCCCAUCUGUCCUGGGUUGGAGGCUCCUCUGCACAAAGCCUCUCUGACCAGGCAGAUUUGGGCUGAUACCCCUGAUGUGUAGGUAGGGCCAAGUGUAUGCACACCCCUGCUGGCUCAUUGGCACCUUCCUUGCCAACCUCUGUGGGAGGCACGGAAUAGCUUCCCUUAAUCCCUGACAGCUUUGUUUUUUUUAUCCCCCUACAGUUAGAGAAAGGGAUGUUCUGAUCUCCCCAGGACCUCAAAAUCCUGGGCACUUGUCUCUGUGCCAAAGGUCCUCAUUCCCUAACCCCCACCAGCUUCUCUCUCCAGCCUGGGGCAGGGAAGCUGGUACCCCUAGCCAUGACAUGAGGGUUUCAGUGCCUGGACAUCCCUAAAUCCCUUGUCCUCCCUGCCCCAUCUCCCCCUUCCACACUGGGCUCUGUUAGCUCUGUCUCCAAGGCUAUUUGCUUCCCCCACUUCUGGUAGCCCUGUUACCCUGAAUGGUUAUAGUGCCCAGUGGCCUCCACUGGAUGGCACCUCCCUCUAAUACCAAAUAUAGCAAGAGGCUGGCCUGGUGGUGCCCAUUUUCUUCCUGCCCAUUCCACCCUAGCCCCACUCAGUUUGAAUGGAACUUCCUUAAACUGAAGGAUGGGAGAGAGCUUUUUGUUCCCAGGAAAUCUUCUUCUUCCACUGACCCUGUCCCCUGUGGGCCAUCCUUCACCUUCCUUUCUCAACAGCCCUACCUAUAUUCAGCAUCAGAAUAUGAGUAUCUGAUCCUACCUGCCCCCUACCCCAUGUCUGCUGACAGGGGUCAGGGUAGGAAGAAACCGGGUUAAUCCUGGUCUCUGUGUCCUUUGGAGCCAGGGUCCCUUGUUGGCCAUCACCCCUCAUUAGCUCCUUCUAUCCUGCAAUAUCUUGGUCUUGCUCCACCUGGCCAUAGCACCAAGCCAACUCUGGGUGUGGUGCUGUGUUUAAGCCCCUGACCAUCUUCAGUGUAGAAGUCUGCCCCAGGGGAUGAUCAUGUGCAGGGAACAGUUACAGGGCCACUGUGAAAGCCAGAGUCAUGGGAAGGAGAAGGAUUUCCCUGACCUAGUCUCUAUGAAGGGGUCCUGCAUCUUCCUUCCAACACCUCCCAGCCACUAAAGUCAAUUAUGUCCCCCCAAGAGCAGCCUAAACUUCGAACACUAGAAGGGGUAGAUAGACCUUGUGCCAGGGAUGCGUUAUCCUCCUCUCCCCCACCCCAAUUCCCUAGUCUAAGUCUUUCAUUCUCUGUAUCCCUAAUUCCAGGGACAUACUUUAUGUCAUCCCACUUCUAUGCCUCAUGAGGUUUUGAGAACCACCCUCCAUGUCCUUGAAUUCCCAUCACCAACCCCCUGCUCCACCAAAGGACCAACUCCUUUGAGCCAUGUUUCUCCUGCCUUGCUUCCCCCCAGAGAGAGGACCUGGGGGCUACCCCUCCCCCCUCCCCCCCGAACUGUACUGUGAACGUCCUGUCUCCUGUGACUCAGUGCAAAGACAGAUAAUCUAUUUAACUCAUCUUGUACAAAAAGAAGCUAAUGAUCCCUUGAAGACGAGGUGAUUUUUUAACAGGUUGAUUCCAAAGAAAGGGGAAAGGUAUGCAAGUGUGUGAGGAGCGUGGGUGGGUGUCAGGGUCUAUGCUGGCAUUAUUAUCUUUUUUUACUUUAAUGAAGAAAGAGUUUGAUUUUUGUUCCCUGACACCUUGACCUGAUGUAUUAUGAAUGCAACCAAGCAAAGGGCCAGAAAUAAAUCAUCAAGUCUGAA